AGGCACCUGGGCCGCCGCCCCUGUCGGCCCCUCCUCCCGCGGCCGGGAAAAGGAAAGUCGCGGCGGGGGCGCUGCCCGGCCUCCGUCCCCGCCCGCCCGCCGUCCUGCCGGCCGGAGCCGCGGCGCCCAGAGCUGCGAGCCGCGCGCUCCUCCGCCGCCCCGGCCCGGGCCGCCAUGUCGCUGUGGAAGAAAACCAUCUACCGGAGUCUGUGCCUGGCCCUGGCCCUGCUUGUGGCUGUGACCGUGUUCCAGCGCAGUCUCACCCCUGGUCAGUUUCUGCAGGAGCCUCCGCCACCCACCCUGGAGCCACAGAGGGCCCAGAAGCCAAACGGACCGCUGGUGAACUCCAACAACUUCUGGAAGAACCCGAAGGAUGUGGCCACACCCAUGACCGUGGCCUCUCAGGGGCCCCAGGCCUGGGACGUGACCACCACUAACUGCUCAGCCAACAUCAACCUGACCCACCAAGCCUGGUUCCAGGGCCUGGAGCCGCAGUUCCGGCAGUUUCUCUUCUACCGCCACUGCCGCUACUUCCCCAUGCUGCUGAACCACCCAGAGAAGUGCGGGGGCGAUGUCUACCUGCUGGUGGUCAUCAAGUCGGUCAUCACACAGCACGACCGCCGGGAGGCCAUCCGCCAGACUUGGGGCCGCGAACGGGAGUCAGCGGGUGGGGGCCGGGGCGCCGUGCGCACCCUCUUCCUGCUGGGCACGGCCUCCAAGCAGGAUGAGCGCAUGCACUACCAGCAGCUGCUGGCCUAUGAGGACCGCCUCUACGGCGACAUCCUGCAGUGGGACUUUCUCGACACCUUCUUCAACCUGACCCUCAAGGAGAUCCACUUCCUCAAGUGGCUGGACAUCUACUGCCCCCACGUCCCCUUCAUCUUCAAAGGCGACGAUGACGUCUUCGUCAACCCCACCAACCUGCUAGAAUUUCUGGCUGACCGGCAGCCACAGGAAAACCUGUUCGUGGGUGAUGUCAUGCAGCACGCUCGGCCCAUCCGCAGGAAGGACAACAAAUACUACAUCCCGGGGGCCCUGUACAGCAAGGCCAGCUACCCGCCAUAUGCAGGCGGCGGUGGCUUCCUCAUGGCCGGCAGCCUGGCCCGGCGCCUGCACCACGCCUGUGACACCCUGGAGCUCUACCCCAUCGACGACGUCUUCCUGGGCAUGUGCCUGGAGGUGCUGGGCGUGCGGCCCACGGCCCACGAGGGCUUCAAGACUUUCGGCAUCUCUCGGAACCGCAACAGCCGCAUGAACAAGGAGCCGUGCUUCUUCCGUGCCAUGCUGGUGGUCCACAAGCUGCUGCCCCCCGAGCUGCUGGCCAUGUGGGGGCUGGUGCACAGCAACCUCACCUGCUCCCGCAAGCUCCAGGUGCUCUGACCCAGGCCGGGCCACCAGGACAGGCCAGGGCACAUGCUCCUGAGCCCCCAUCAUAUCAGGGCUGGAACAGUAGUGCCCGGGCCUAGCCCUUGGUCCCCAAGGGGAGGUGGAGGGUGGAGGCCUACGUGCCACUGGGUGUGCUGGGGUGCAGAUAGCCAGAGAGGGACCUCCCUGUGUGGAUAAUUCCAGGAAACUAGGCCCAGGAACGGCUGGAGCUGCCCAGUCUGGAGGCCCUCUCCGAGAAGUGACCUGGUUCGUGGCUGGCCCCUCAAACCUGGUGGGAGGUCCUGGCGAUCUCUGGAGGUACUGUGCUCAGGUACCUGGGCUAGGCUUGGCCUGAUGAGUCUGUGGCCGCCCCUCAUCUUCACAGGGAAGAGUCUUCUGUGAAAUGCCUCAGUCUCCCCAGCGGCCAGGCGGGCCUGGCCGGAGAAACCUGACCCUGUACAGGCUCACAGGUGCCCCCAGUCCACGCGCUGGUCUCCCAGCAGGCUCUCCGCAGCCCCAGGCCUGCCUGCAGCCGGGCCGUCUCCCCUCUGGGGCCUCGGCUCCAGGGCCUCGGCUCCUGGCUGUGUCCUGUAACACCUAGAGGGGCAACCGCUCUGACUACCUCAGCGCCCCUCAGAACCUCCCACCCCACCCCAAAACAGGGCAGAAGAGCAGCACUCCUGGCCCCCUGAAACCCCAGUGCUGCCAACCCCAGCCGGAGGUGAGUCCCUCCCGCAGUCCCCACCCCCCCAGGCCUGGCUCCCUGGCUGGAAACCAGCCGCUUUGGCCCUGGAAGUGGACAUUCCUCUAUUACUGUGAAGUCUUAUUUAUGAAGAAUGUGGAGGGAGAAGGCUCCAGGCUUCAGGAGGGGGUGGUGUCCUCCCUGGCCCCCCUCCUUCCCUUCCCUCAUUCCAGCUGCCUGCCCCCAGCACCCCCAGGCCCCUCAUAGCCCCCUCCAGAGCCCUGCCCCCCUGCAUCCUGCUUCUGCAGGGCUUAGUGGACCAGCGGCUGCCCUGUGCAAGGUGGCUCAGCCGUGGAGUGGUGCAGAACAUUGCCACCUCCUACCUCAGCAGGGGUCACCUAGGAAAGAUGGAGGGAUCGACUAUUUUCUCAAUAAAAUGGGACUUUUUUUUUUUUUUUUCUGGUGUGAAACUGCAUGUUCCCAGGUCCAUCAGAGAGCCUGUCUGGGGCUGAGGUUGCCAGAGAGAUUUCGGAAGACACAGUUUGUUCCUUGUUCUUGGCUGGGGGAUACACAAGGACUUCUUGAAGGGAUGUAGAGGGGGCUGAGUGCUGGGUUACAGUGGGGAUGGGGGUGUGGCAACAGAAAGAUGUGGGAGCUAGCAGUGCACCCGGCCCUCGCCUGUGCCCUGGUGGACAGCUGAGCUGUGGCUCAGGCGUGGACCAGUGCCUUCCUGUCCCUGACAAGGGUGAGGCCAGAGUUGGCCUGAGGCUAAUGUUUUGGUGGGUGGGAUUAGAUCAGUGUGCUGAGGCUGGUGGGCUCCCUGAGGCACCUUCCAGUGAAAGCACUGAAGUGGCUUAUGGCCCUGUGCCAGGGACCUUGGCCCCAGCUGCUGACCUCCAGGAUGGGGAGGGAGCUGCCUCCCAGAAGAGUCACUCAGGCAGCAGUAGAGCAAGCCGGCGGCUCCCUGCCUGCACCCAGCUCAGGGGAAUCCCAGAGGGGUCAGAUGCCCCUGGAGGGAAAGGGGACAGCACUGCUCUUUCUCCCUCCCCAGCACGGGUCUUCCCACAGUUCCCUCUCAGCCAGCUGGCUGCAUAAUUUGCAGAGCCCAGUGCAAAAUGAAAUUACAGGACCCUGGUUCUAAAAAGGUAUUAAGAAUUU